AGGACUACUUUUGAGGUUAUCUAAGUAUAUUUGUUAUGCAGGUUAUGAAAUUCAUGAAAACAUUUUCAUAUUAUACAAAAACAUUAUAAUUAACAUGUAGUGAUUGUUUAUCUGAAUAAAAUAAUAAUUAUAUCUUACUUGAUAGUAUGUUUGUACAGGAAAACAUAAUCUUAUUUACUAUUUAUUAAUUAUAAGGAGUCAAACCGCUAAACAAUCUAAAUAUGUACAAAAAUCUGCUGUUCCGAAGGUUGCCAUUUAGAUUUAUAAAAAAAGAAUGUUUUACACAAUUUAGUGAAUUAAAAAGUUUCAAUAGUAACCACGUAAUAACCAGACAUCUAUCUGUAUCAAUCGUUCACUGUAAGAAGAGAAAGCCUGAAGAAGAAAAGGUAGUUUUAAGUAAUGGAAGAUCCUCAAUUAGAUAUUCACCAAAAGCAGGUAAAGAAGUAGUGGGUAUAUGGCGUAACAUGACUGUACAAGAUAUAGCUAAUGUACUGAAAAAAGAUGUUGAUCAUGUGCUAAAGGCAUUAGAAUUCGCAGAUAAAACUUCAGACACAAAUUAUACUAAGAAAACUAUAAUAUACAACCCUCAGAUCAUUAGAGAUGUAGUCAAAAUAUCUGGUUUCCGGUUCAAACUUGUACCAAAUCCUGACCAAGAAAUUGAGGAAGAGGAGAACAAGGAUGCGGUGCCGGCGCCGCCAGCAGCACCGGAGGCGCUGCGGCCGCGACCGCCGGUGGUGUGCGUGAUGGGGCACGUGGACCACGGCAAGACCACGCUGCUUGACGCGCUCCGGGACACCUCCGUCGUGGACCAAGAGUUUGGGGGUAUCACACAACACAUUGGUGCCUUUGAAGUGCAACUGUCGUCGGGCGAGAAGGUGACGUUCCUGGACACGCCGGGCCACGCCGCCUUCACGGCGAUGCGGUCGCGCGGCGCGCACGCCACCGACGUGGUGGUGCUGGUGGUGGCGGCCGACGACGGUGUCAUGGAGCAGACCGUCGAGUCCAUACGGAUGGCCAGGGAAGCCAACGUUCCCAUAUUGGUGGCUAUCAACAAGAUGGACAAGCCAGGUGUGAACAUUGAGCGAAUAUUACGCGCGUUAGCCCAACACGGCGUGGUGUGCGAGGCGGUGGGCGGCGACGUGCAAGCCAUACCGGUGUCCGCGCUCAAGAAACAGAACCUCGAUACGCUGGUGGAGGCCCUUACCUUGCAGGCGCAGCUCAUGGACCUGAAGGCCGACCCUGGCGGCUUUGUGGAGGGCGUCGUCAUAGAGGCACAGCUUGAUCCGCGCACAGGUAAACAAGCAACAGUGUUGGUGCAACGUGGAACACUGCGGAAAGGCUGCGUGAUUGUAGCGGGCUCGGGCUGGGCUAAGGUGCGAAUGCUGAACUCGGCGGAAGGCCGCCCGGUGCUGGAGGCGCCGCCGUCGACGCCGGUUGCGGUGCUGGGCUGGCGCGAGCUGCCCGCCGCCGGCGAUACAGUCUUGGAAGUCGCCUCCGAGAAAAGAGCUAGCGAAGUAUUGAAAUGGCGUCACAACCAGCGCAUGAAGGAGAAGCAAGAAUUAGACCGCGCCGCCAUCGAAGCGAAGGAGGCCGCGCACAGAGAACAGUAUAAGGCGAUGCUGUCACGUAAGCGAGCAAUGGGCCGGUUCAAAUUGAAGCCAGACGGUCCCAGGCAGAAGAUGAUACAGCACGACGAUCAUCCCACCCUCAGUGUGUUGGUAAAAGGAGACGUGGACGGGUCCGUGGAGGCGAUUCUGGACAUUCUUGAGACGUACGACGAACACGACCGCGUCCGGCUGGAUCUGGUGCACUACGGAGUCGGCCCGGUCACGCCCAAUGAUAUAGAGAUAGCGGAAGCAUUCAGCGCUGUGGUGUAUGCUUUCAAUGUGGAGUGUCCGUCAUCGCUCACGGUGGAAGCCAAGAAGAAGAACAUAGCCAUCAAGAAGUACAACAUCAUAUACAAACUGGUGGACGACGUGAAGGAGGAGAUCACCGCCAGAAUACCAAAGCGGCAGGAGGAGGAAGUGCUUGGCGAGGCGAAUGUUCUACAGCUGUUCCAAGUGUCCGAGGGUAAACGUAAAGUGCCAGUGGCCGGGUGCCGCUGCCUCAAGGGUAACCUCGUCCGGAACGCCCUCUACAGGGUCAUACGGGAACAACAACAAGUGUAUGAAGGUAAACUGGUAUCAAUGAAACAUCUCAAAGAAGAGGCGAAUACAAUAAAACGAGACAUGGAAUGCGGGCUGCGCUUCGAAGAUGCGACGUUCGAAGUGAAACCGGGCGACACAGUAAUAUGCUACAAGUUGGUAGACGCCAGUGACCGCACGACCUGGGAUCCGGGAUUUUGAGCUGUACGGUUUAGAUAAUAAAAUAGAAUUUUAUAUAGUUUAA